GAUGCUUCGGCACAUGAUGGCCCCUCCUGAGCUGUUGGAGAUCGGGUCGCAUUGCUGCUACGGAGGGACCGUCUACCGCUUUGAGCACAUCAGCCCAGUGCUGGGCUACUGCUCGAUGAAGCUUUCGGCCUUCGUGCCGAGCGCUCCACCAACGAAGUUCCCAGGGGUGAUCUGGCUCUCCGGCCUCACCUGCACCGACGAGUCCUUCGCCCAGCGCGGGGCCGGCCUCGCCAUGGCGCAGCGACUGAAGCUGAUCCUUAUCAUGCCGGACACCUCGCCACGCGGCGAGGGCGUGCCGGACGAGGAUACCUUCGACGUAGGCGUGGGGGCCAGCUAUUAUGUCAAUGCCACGACAGAUAAGUACAAGAAACACUACAAGAUGCUGGACUACCUCACACAGGAGCUGCCCAGCGCUCUAGGUGCAAAGCUGCCGCUUCUUCCUGAGAAGCUGGGCAUCAUGGGUCACUCCAUGGGUGGUCACGGCGCUCUCGUGGCAGCUUUGAAGAACCCCGGCAUGUACCGGUCUGUUUCAGCCUUUGCACCCAUCUCGAACCCCUCCGAAGCGCCGUGGGGGCAGAAGGCAUUCAACCUUUACUUCGGCGAGGACAAAGCUGCCUGGGCCGACAACGAUGCGGUGGAACUUCUGAGGCGCUACCGGGGUCCACCAAUGCGCCUCCUGGUGGAUCAAGGUACAUCGGACAUGUUCCUCUCGGAGCAGCUCAAACCGGGCCUGCUGAAAGCCGUUUGCGACGAGAAGGGCAUUCCGCUCACACUGCGAAUGCAGUCGGAGUACGACCAUUCCUACUACUUCAUUUCCAGCUUCAUCCAGGACCACCUGAAAUUCCAUGCCUCCUUCUUGAAUGGGGUGCUGCGAUGGUGCCCAGAUCCAGGGACAUCCCUGGCUCCGAGCGUCUACUCUGUAGAUCCUACAUUGACCGAGGAGCCCAAUGGUCCAGAGACUCUGAAUGCGGAUGAAGCGACCGACGCUGCUUUGAAGGAGUCUUCGGAGUCGACGUUGGCUGAUGCAGGCGAGACUUCGCCAGAGGACGCCGAAGAAGCGCGCGAGGAGGUAGAAGAAGCUGCCACCAAUGCUCUGCAAACUGUGCAGAUCAUUGACGGCAGCCCGAAGGAGAUCGACUCGUUGGCAGCCGUAUCCCUCCCGGAUGAGACUGCACUUCAGCUGGUCAAAGUGAAGGUGGCGCCGCCGCAGGCUGGUGAGGUACGGGUGCGCCAGGUGGCUGCAGUUCCCUCACGGGUCGAUCUUGUUGCGGAGAAGGAGAAGCCAUACCCACGAAUCCUUGGCCUGGAGUCUUCUGCCGUCGUGGAGGACGUAGGCGAGGGCGUGGUCGAGUUUCAACCUGGUGACCACGUCAUACCGUGCUACCACGCACACUGUGGCGAAUGUGGGGGGUGCAAAGCGGCAGAGUCAAACUUCUGCGACUCCGUCCAUCACGCGACCAGCCGUGGGGUGAUGGUGGCCGAUAGCCGGCCCCGGUUCUCCUACGGGAGCACGGAGGUCUACCACUUCAAAGGCACCAGCGCCUUCUCGGAGUACAGCGUAGUUCACGCGCACUCCCUCAUCAAGGUGCGCAAGGAUGCGCCCUUGGCUUACCUUGGGCUCCUCGGAGGCGGGGUGGCCGCCGCUCUUGGAGCUGUCUGGAAUGUCGGCCGUGUACAGCGGGGUGCGUCCGCUGUCGUCUUUGGCGCGCAGGCCGAAGGCUUGGCCGUGAUUGCUGCGCUGGUGAAAGCAGGGGCUGGGAAGAUUGUGGCAGUGGAUCCGUAUUCUUCGAGGCUCGACAUGGCCCAAAAAUGGGGUGCAACCAGCCUCCUGAAUCCGUAUUCUCUGCCGGAGGGGGUCAGCAUCAAGGAUGAGAUCCUAAAGCUCAUUGGAUCCACCGCCGACUUUGCCUUCGACUGCCGGGGAGACCUGGAGUUGGCACCGUCGGUCUUAGAGGUCGUGAAGGAGUGGGGCAAAUGCGUGACGGUGGGUACGCCGCAUGGUCCUGACGUGCUCCUCCGGUCAGCCUGGCCGCCGCCAGGGGGUCUCAACAGCGUCACCUUCGGAGGUUGGCGCUCAAAGCCGCAGAUCCCCCUGCUGGUGGACCUCUACAUGGCUGGGGAGUUGCAAGUGGAUGAUUACAUCACGCGCGAAGAGUCCUUCGAGAACAUCAAUGAUGUGUUCGACAACUUCGAUGAUGCCGCGGGCGUGCGAACCGUUCUGAGAUUCUGA